CUUGUUAGAGAUCAUUUCACAUUUUUUAACUUAAACAGAAUGCUGAACGUGUCCUAGUUUAUUUCUCAUUUUCAGGAAACUAUGCGUAUAUGCUUUAAUUACCUUACACUUAGUUUCCUUGGGCCGCAGUGCAUGAGAAAGACACCUGACAGGAGGUAAACAUCGACCCGUGUAUCUGUUGCUUGUUAAUGCAAUUCCAGUCACACAGAGAAUAAGGAGGAAAGACUUUUAGAGUAUACAUUGAAUAUAUGAAACAGACAAUCACAAUGAAGCCGGUAGAAAAAACUGAGACUAAAUCUAUGAAAAUAGAAAAACUAAAGAGUGAACUUUCCAGGGUAAAACUCAACGAGCAACGGUUAAUGGACCAAAACACAGAGCAGAAAAAAAGGCUUGCCAAACUAGUAGCAGCAGAUAUCGCCUUAAAAAAAGAACAGAAUGAGGUUACUACACUCACAAAGGUAAUUGCUCGCAAGGACAGGCAUGUAGAAAAGUUAAGACAAGAACUAAACAAUGUCAAAACGGAACUUUUGGACGAAAAGACCGACAGGGCUGAUGAGAAGGAUAAUUCAGAGAAGAUAAUUGCGCGUCUCACGAAGGAGUCUCAGGAAUAUCUGAACAAUUUCUCUGUGGAGAAGAUGUUCAGGGAGCAGAAGGAGAAGGAGAUUGAAAAGCUGAUCAACACAGAGACUGACAAAAAAGAAUUAAUCUCGCACGAAGCAGGAAAGCUGAUGUCAUUUAAAGACAGAUUUAAGAAACUAGAACAACAAUUUGAGAGACAACAGAAUGAACUUAUAAGAUACAAAAAACAAAAGGACAUCUACAAGAAAGAAAAUCAUCUACUUUCAAAGGAGAUAGCGCUCUUGACGAGUAAGAUUGAGGAAUUGACCAAUUCGUGUACGGACCUGGAAUACGAAAUGGACAUUGUGCAGCAAGAAAAUAAAUCCCUAGUAGUGGAUUUUGAAAAUCAAAAAAAAGAGGCAGAGAAACAGCGUAAGCUGAUUGAGUCCUUGGAAAAUGAACUCAACAGUUGCAGUGGACUCAAAAUGAAACUCCAAAAAAAGAAGAGAGAGCUCACCAAGCACACCAUGGCCAGAGACAUUGAGAUUAUGACUGUUAGAAAUCUGAUUACUGAGUCAGAAAGCCAGCAAAGACGACUAACAAUCCAGAUUGAGAGUAUCAGGACUGAGAAAAAACUCAUCACGGAAAAUUUCUUCAAGGCUCAGACGGAAAUGAAUAGGAUGAACGACACCAUUCGAAAACUGCGUCAAAAACUGAAAGGCAACUGCCGUGAAGCCGAUUUAAAGACCACAGAGCUGGUCAAGGUAAAGAUGAAUUUGGAUUCUCUGAGAUGCCAGCUGGAAAACGUGAGAGAGCAGCUGGCAGAAACAAAGACGGCACAGACGCUUUCCAUGGCUUCUGCUGACAAGGCCCAUCAGCUGGCAGAGAAGGAAUAUGCCAAGAUUGCAGCAGAGAAGGAGAAGUUGGAACUCGAGGUGCAGCAGUACCACGAACAAGCUGUGCAGCAAACACGGAUGCUCAACCUCCAGGAUGCCGAGAAGGCCAAGCUAGAAGAAACGAUCAGGGAAUAUGCAGAGACAGUCAAGUCUCUCAGGCCGCAGAUCAAGAGACUUCAGCUUGAGCAUAACUUCGAAGACACAAUGCAGCAGCGGCAUGCAGCUAGUUCACGCCGAGAGAGAACUAGGUGUAAAACGAGAAAUAGGAAUACCAUUGUAAAAAUGUUGUUCAACCAGCAGAGACAGUACGUGCUCUCUAUGAAAAACAUAGGUGGAAAAAAUCUGGAACAGAAAAAGGAGAUUGAGGAUCUGAAGUGCAAGUUGACACGGCGGCCGGAUGACGCAAUAAAAAAGUACCAAGAGUGUCAAUGGCACAACGGACACUUGAAAAAAGAAGUUAUGGCAUCACGUGCAGUCCUCACGGCGUACGAGGCGAAGCACAAGGAAUUGGAAGAGGAGAACAAACGGCUUACAGAUGACCUGAGGAAGCUCAAGUUGGAGGACAAGCAUUUCCACUUGCCCCCUAUUCGCAAACUGCCUCCGUCUGAGGACAAAUCAAACAAGACGUAUGUGUCUGGGCACAUAGCAAAGCACACCCUAACCCAUGAUCGCUUCCCACUACAUUCCAAGAGUCAGAUGAAGUACACCCCCCUUCCUCCCAUCUCCAGUAGUCUCCGGUGCAAUGGAAGAAAAAUCACGCCACACCGCCACCUCAAUGAUCCAUCUCCGUAAACAUAAGGUAAAGUUCCUGCCAAGGAUGGGAAGUCGUGACGCGGCCAACACUACCUGUGAUAGGCUAGUGUUUAUUGCCUUUAUUAGUUAGGUUUAGGCAUGAUUAGUGAGAUUGGUAAGAGUUACACGUUUUAGGACAGCACUGUGACUCAGUGGCUAGCAUCGACCUUUCACAGAAAGGCUCCUGGAGGGUUAAACUCCAUCCAACAGGAGCCUUUCUGUGUGGAGUUUGCAUGUUUUCCCUGUCUGUUUGGGUUUAAUCUGGGUGCUCCGGUUUCCUCCCACAGACAUGCGGGUAAGAUACAA